UCUGCCAUUCCAUGUUUUGAAGUUUCAUUUAAAAUUUAAAUCGGUACUUCAUGCUUACAAUAUGAUUUGAAAUCGGCAAUAUGAAGUUUUGCAGGAUAUGUACUCCCGUCACAAAUCCUUAAAUUUUGGCCAAUAUGUUCCAAACGAUAAAGUUUUGAACAAGAAGGUCCCUGAAAAUCCUAAAUAUAAACAUGUAAAGCCGGCAAUAGAUACAGGUAAAAAUGUAAAAAGGCAUAUUGAUGAACUCAAAGAAAAGCAAAAGAAUUCCCACCACAAGAAGGAUGAAGUUUUUAAUCGGGUCAAGUUUUCCACUUUCAUAAAACUAGCCAUUACUGUUGCCAAAGAAUCUUUCAAACAAGAAGAAAUAGGAGAUAUUGGUUCAAAAGAGGUUGUUGAGAAUUCCAUUGAAACUCACAGAGAAAACAAAAAUACUCUGGCCAAUGUACUCAUGGGUAUUGGAGAGAUAGACUUACGUAAUGAAAAAAAGAAGCAACCUGUCAUUCAACCAAAGAUUGAGAAAAAAGUUCCAUAUCUCUUAUUAGAUGUCAGAGACAGGGAUGAAUUUCUUAAAUGUCACAUCAAAACAGCUAAGCAUUAUCCUGCUGCAAUGCUGUCUCGAUCAAUUGGUUAUGAGACAGAAGAAAUGAAACUUUAUAAAAAUAACCGUCCUGAACUUAUAAUUUUGUAUGAUGAUGAUGAAUCAACUGCAUCACGAGUUGCUACCACUCUUGUACAAAGAGGUUAUGAAAAUAUCUAUUUACUCUCUGGAGGUUUAAAACUAGGUUAUGAAAUAUUUCCUCGUGCUCUUAUGGCUUCAGUUACUACCGGAAAUGGUUCUCCUACAAAAUAUGGGCCAAUAUCUUCUGUACAAAUUAAAACUACCUCAUCAGAGAACUUCUCUCUAGAAGAUAUCCUUUUUCAUAUUUUUACCUCUAAAGAUUGUUAUUAAAUUAUAUGAAACAUUUCAAUGAAAA